AUGAUCAGGGGCGCGUGGACGUGGCCCCGGAGAGAUGCCGCUGCGCUCACGCUCUGCUGCUGUUGCCACCGCCGAUGCUGCUGCUGCUGCUGCUGCUCCAGCUGUUCCAACUGCUGCUGCUGCUGCUGUAGCUGCAGCUGCUGCUGCUGGGCUCCCCGGUCCCCUCGGGGGGCCACGAGCGGCGACAAGCCUUGGGCUGACUCAGAUCGGGCGCAACGAUGGCGCCUGUCACUGGCUUCGCUGCUUUUCUUUACGGUGCUCCUCUCCGACCGUCUGUGGCUGUGCGCGGGCGGCCGCCUGCGGGCAAAGGAGAGGAGCGGGUCAGUGAGGCCACCCUGGGGGGCCGCCGGCCCAGAGCCCCAGCCCCGACCUGAGGCUGAGCCUCCCCAAGCCAUGCUGCUGCUGCUGCCGCCGCCGCCGCCCCCCCAGGGGGGCAGCUGCGGUUCUCCCCUGGGCAAUCUGACCCAGGCCGCGGCGGCCCCCGGGCCCCCAGGCUGCGGCAACAGCUUCGACGGAGGCAGCGGCGGCGGCGGCGGCGGCGGCCGGAGCAGCGGCGGCCGGAGCAGCAGCCUCGACGGAGGCGGCAGCAGCAGCCGUGGCGGCCGAGCCAGCAGCUUCGACGGGGCCGGCAGCAGCGGCCGCGGUAGCGGCCGUUGGGGCGACAGCGGCGGCAGGCGCCCCUCCGGGCCCGAGGCGGCCUGCCUGGAGCCUCAGGCUCUGCAGAGACUCGUGGGCGCUGCGCCCCUGAGGCCCCUCAUCUCGCCUUCGCCCACCUCGGGCCGACCCCCUGCUUCCCAAAAGAACUUGCUGCAAGGCCACUUUCGGAACUACACCCUGGCCUUUUGUGACUCCUAUUCGCUAGCGGACUUGCUGCUGGGCAUGGCCCACCAGGACAGCCUGGAUUGCAGCCUGGAUGCCCUGCUGGUGGACCUGCUGGCCACCGGGCCCGGGGCCUGGGAGGCAUGUUUAAACUGUGUCCAGCUGUACCAGCUGCUGGACGAACACGCUCAGGAAAAAUACGACGAGUUUGACUGCUUGCUGCAGAAAUACUUGCAAUCCGAGGAGUAUUCCGUCCGGUCCUGCAUAGGAGACUGUAAGGUAGGGAAACAGAGGCCUUGCAGUGAGAAAGGAGUCAGGAAAAUCAGCAAGGAAACCAUGGGCUCCUUGACUGGCCAGGACUUCAACUCCUCCUGCCACCGCCGUGAAUAGCUCUUUCCAGAAGUUCUACCUCUGGGUCUCAAGGCUAACAAGGCUGUCUACAAGGCCUGGCUGUGCUCUGAGUACUUCAACGUGACCCAACACAACUGCCAUCCCCGGGUGCCAUGCAAGCAAUACUGCCUGGAGGUGCAGACCAGGUGCCCCUUUGUGCUCCCCGACAAUGAUGAGCUCAUCUAUGGAGGGCUCCCCGGCUUCAUCUGUGCAGGGGUGAUGGAGAGCCCGCGGGGCCCAGAGGAGGCCGAGUGCUGUGAGGUGGACUUGAAGCCCUGUGCCUCCCUGGGGGGCAGCAAGGGCUCUUCCUGGGGGGGGCAAACAUUCCCCGACCCCUCCCAGCACCAGCAGCUGCCCCCCUCCCACCACCACCUGCUGGCCCCCUCGGCACACAGACCCUCCUCGCUGCUGCUGCCUGUGUCCGGGGGUUCCUGUCUCAGCCCCAGCAGGAUCCGCCUGUACGUCCUUGUGCUCAUACUCCUGCACACCGUGGCAACUUUCUCCAACAGCCAGAGUGCGGGGGGCCUGAGCCUAGAGGUGCUGCCUGCCCUAGAAGAGGGCGUGUCCCGAGAAGAAUGACCGGAGGGGGGGGGCCAACACACCUCCAGCCGCCACCACCGCCCCUGCCGAGGGAGGGAGGGGAAACACUGUCCCCUUGACCCACCCAAUCCCAAGAGCAGUGCCAAUGGAGGCGUCGGGCACUGCCAGCCUCCGCCAGGCCAGGAGGAGGAAGCAGGGGGCAGCAGCCAGCGCCCUCCCCAACAUCCAAGCCAAAAAGAGGGGAAGAGGGGGCUGGGGCGGCACACCUGGCCCCAGCAAGCAAGCUGCUCCCCUCGCCCCCCCCAUUAUCUGCAGGCCUGGGGGGGGGCGAGGGGAGAAAUUGUUCCCCCUGCCAUAUUUCUUGUGCAAACCCUGGCGCCCCUCCCCCCCACUUCUAGGAGUUAGCUGGCAGUGCCCACCUUUAUCCCAUAGCCUGGAGCCAAAGGAGGGAUGGAGCUGCUUCUCCAGCUUAGCUUCAUCCGCCUGCCCUAGCUGGGGCAGGUGGGGGGAGGUUAGAAAGGGAGCCCCUUGGCUUGAGGAGAUAGGAGAGGAGUAGCAGACAUGGGGCUCCGGGUGGGGGCCGGGCCAGACACAGGAAAUUGGACACCCUCGGGGUUUGGGGGAGGUGGCUGUUUGCUUUGGGGGGACGCUAAGAACAGCUGAGAUUUGGGGCCUCUGAGCAAAGCUCAGGAGAGUCGUGGUUCUCAGAGAAAGAGAGAACAGAAGGCAAACAGGCUAUGGUAGCUGGCAGGCUGGACCGUCCAAGGGCCUGCCUGCACAGCGGCCAGUGUCUGCCCCCCACCCAGCAGCACUGGCUUCCAGCAGAGACAGAGGGAGAAGAAGCCCAGUGGCUGGGAGGCACCACCCUCCAGGCUAUCUCUCUCCUACUUGGGCACAUAUAGAAAGCGAGGCCUUUCAGACUCACCUCUCCAUUGGGGGGCCAUGGAGAAAAUGGGUCGGACUUGGGGCCCCACAAGCUUUUCUUCAGUGAGGGGAGGGCCUGGGUGAGCCUCCCACCUGACCUACCAAAGACCAGAUUCAGGAGGGCUUUGUGCUAACUGCCAAUUUAAGAGGCACUCAAGGGGACUGCAGAGGAUGGUGAGUGAAACAGGAAGGCCCUGGAGCCUGGAGGCUGACUCUGGCUGGCUAGUGAAUGACCUGGGAGGGACUAGGGGCCAGUUCGAUUUCAGCAGCUUCUGGGCUAGUUAAGGCCUCUCGCCCAGGACCCCUGAGAGCUGAUACUAGGAGCCACUGGUGGGGGGGGGGGCUGAUGGGAGUGAUGCAGGUCAGGAAGUGGCUUCAGCUAAUGGGCUCAGGGAGGCUUGGGGAUGUCAGGGAAGCCUAUAGAGCACAGUCGGGCCGCAACAGGCUCGGAGUGAAGGCCCAACUCUGUCCCUGCUAUCAGGUGUUCAGCCCCAGCCCAAUAGGCUCCAAAAUCCCAGAGUUCAGCCCUGGGUUCUAGCCAGCCAGGGCACAAACUCUCUGUAGCCCAGUUCUCAGAGAUGCUUUUCUAAAGAUAUUUAGAUGGAGAGGAGAGGCCCUCCAAACUCCCCUCUGCAGGCAGGGCCCAGGGCAGCAGGCUUGUGGAAACCAAUAGCACCUCCUCCCCCACCCCAAGUGCCCAGGAGAUGCCCAGCUGGGCCUAGCCUAGGUCCUUGGCCAUUUUGGGCUGGGGGUGGCCAGGAGGCACCAAAGUCAACCUUGAUGUCAUUCUUUCUACUGCCCCCUCCUUUGUGAGCUCCGUCUGUCUGUCCCUUCCCCAGCUGCUUCCCUGCUAACCUAAGCUGGCCACACCCUAAUGCCAUUUUCUACACUGUGCUUCAUGAGGAGAACUUUUUUGCACUAGUUCCUAUGAUAUUCAUUUUCUGAGCCAGUUCCUAAGAGCUCCCAGCCCCCGCUGCCCACCUGCUGCCCACCCGCUGCCCGCCCCGCUCCAAUUCACUUGUCUCCUCACUCUUAUAUUUCGACUCUGUGUUCAGUCUGUGCGUGUGUGUGUGUGUAUGUGUGUGUGUGUGUGUACGUACCUGUGUACUGCUUUCAG